GUCAAUCAUUUUAUAAUCAAUCUUUCUUAUGUCACUUUUCAAUCUCGCAUAACUGAAAAGAACAGUUUUGACUUUGUUUAUUUGUUAUGAUGCUCAUUUACUUCAAGUCAUAUUUAUUGCGAGACCGACAUUUUUUCUCAUUGCGUAUUCCAUUUUACAUUAUUGUAAAUACAUCUCGUUGCACUGGCAAAUGUUCUGGGCCCAUUUUUAGUGUCAGGGGAUCAAUGUUUCAGGUUUUAUUGGGAUUUGGAUGCAAGUUAGAAAAAAAACUUGCCAAGCCGUUCUUAAGUUCUUUGGGAUUUAAUAGGGUCUGUUUUAUGUGGUUACCCGUGACGUGAAGCCUGUUGUAUUAUACCUCAAUUGUUCAGACCACUGACGCCACUUUUUUGAUUCUACAAAUAGAAACGAAGUUCUUUCCGUUUUUUUGUAUGAUUUCAAAAUAGAACAAAUUCGAUAUCAUAUCAUUCUGAACAAAAAUUGGAAGACUUUAGAUUUAUUUCAAAUAUUAAAGUGCACAUUUUAAGGCGUUUAAUUGAAUUUCAAUGAAUUUUUAAUAAGAAAUGUUUACGUUAUUUUGGAAUUUUCUUACAUUUGCCUGCUGCGGCAUCUUUGAGGCCUCUUUGGUCACUUUAAAGCUUUCAUUGUCGCACUCCUCUCGUAAAAUCUUUCAUUGAAUCCCAUGCCGGAAGCUGAAUUUGCGUUUCUAAAAGAUCAAAAACUAGAACUAUCAGCUCUCACUUCAAAAACUCUUUCCCUGAUAAGCCGAAGAAUGCACUACGAAAGGAGGAUCUUCGGCUGGAUCUUGUGCCCAAGGAUUUGGUGUUUGUUGCGUUUUCAGUCUGGCUUGCGGUGGAACCACCUCUGAAAAUUGCACCUAUCUCGUUCAAGCGAGUACUUCCACGCCCACUGCAGAUCCGUGCACGUUCACCAUCUGCAAAUGCUCAUCAAAUAUUUGCCGGAUCAGGCUGGAUUUCACGACGUUUUUGAUUGCCGGACCUACCGUCGGUACCGCCUCUACCGACACCUUAACAAACGGUGCAUCUAUUGGAGAUUGCAUGGCAGAUACAUUUAGUGUCACUUCUCCGGGAAAUCAAGGGUCGCCUUUGAUUUGCGGCUUCAAUACGGGACAACACAUGAUCUUGGAUUCGUCUGACAAGUGUAACAAAGCCUCUUUCGACUUUAGCGGAACUGCUACAAGCCGUCAAUUCGACAUCAAAGUGACUCAAUUUGCUUGCGGAGAUGAAAUGGGAGGGCCAGAUGGUUGCUUGCAAUAUUUUACUGGGACAACAGGAUCAUUCGCGAGCUUCAAUUUUCCUACCACUGGAACCACAGUCACGUCAACAGUGACUCAUUUGUCGAGCCAAUGCUAUACUAUGUGCUUUCGACAAGAGGAGGGCAAAUGUGCCAUAUGCUUUGAUACCGUUAUCCCUGGUGCCGCAACUGCUGCAGUUAUCGACCAAGGAUCGUUUGGUCUUUCCAUCAGCUCGGAUGGCGACCCAAAAGGAACGCAGGACACCGGUUGUUCUACGGAUUACCUUCAGAUUCCUGGCGCUGAGGCGGAUGCGGCUGCUCCUUUCAACUUUGUUGUGGGCUCGGUUCCUGAUUUCCUACAUGAGCGAAUUUGUGGACGAUUUUUUGGUUUUGCGAGUGACGCUACUAUGGUGGGAGCGGAUAAUAAUCUUGCAUCAAUUUGCACUGCCCAAACACCUUUUAGAGUGUUGUUCAAGACGGACUCCGAUGAAGACUUGACCGCUACUACGGACUCAUCUACGAGUGAACAAGUGGAUGGGCCAGGAGGCAUUAUUGGCUUUUAUUUGAACUAUGCUCUUCAAGACUGCCAAUAAGACUUUGCCCAAAGAAAAACAAUCGAAUCAUUUUCUGAGGCCUUAAUAUAACAAAUGUAUCAAUUACUAUAUUUUGAACCAUGUGUACGAAAUAAACUAAAUGUGAAA